AUGUCUGCGGUAGAGGCGACGCCAUUCAUCCGCACCAUCGAGUGGGAUAUGAUGGACAAGAGCAAGUUCUUCCCAUUGAGCAUGCUGUCCUCGUUCUCCGUCAGGUGCUGCCUGUAUCCCCUGACAGUGAUCAAGACUCGUCUCCAGGUGCAGAGGCAAAAUCACAUGUAUAAUGGUAUGAUAGAUGCGUGUAGGAAAAUUUACAAAAUGGAAGGCUACUCGGGUCUCUACAGAGGCUUUUGGAUAAGCUCCAUUCAAAUCGUCUCCGGGGUAUUUUACGUCUCAACGUACGAAGGCGUGCGUCAUUUGCUCACAGCCACAUCCAUCGGUCAUGUGGACUCGAAAGUCAAAGCGUUGAUUGCUGGUGGUGCUGCCAGUUUAGUCGGGCAGACGAUAGUGGUGCCAUUCGACGUUCUUAGCCAACAUCUCAUGGUUCUCGGGAUCAACAAACACGGCAGGAUAUCCGUAGACAAGUUCGGGAUGAACCCGCUAGGUAUAACCUUCGAGCCUGGCAAGACCCGCGCGCAAAUCUCCGCAGAGAUAAUCAAGUUGAUCUAUCAGAGAGACGGUUACCGCGGUUUCUAUAGAGGCUACGUGGCGUCUUUGUGUGCGUACGUGCCCAAUAGUGCUCUUUGGUGGGGACUGUACACAGUUUAUCAAGACGAGCUUCUGAGACUGCUCCCUAGUUGGUUCUCGCACUUGUGCAUACAAGCGAUCGCAGGCACGCUCGGCGGAUUCACCACCACGAUCAUCACGAACCCGUUGGACAUCGUGAGGGCGAGAUUGCAAGUGCAGAGGCUAGACAGCAUGUUCAGCGCCUUCAGGAUCCUGUGGAUCGAGGAGGGACUGCACAUGUUCACCAAAGGACUGUCCGCGAGGCUCGUACAAUCCGCGUGUUUCAGCUUCUCGAUUAUUCUAGGCUACGAGACUAUCAAGAGAAUGAGCAUAAACGAGGAGUACAAGAGACACAUUCGGUGGUGAAAGUUCCGGACUUAGUGUAUUAUUAUUUUUAAUCUCUCGCGCGAGGGGACGGGGAGGGUGAACGGUGGAACGUGCGACUUUGCCCGCGAAAAGAUCUCUCUUCUCGGCUUGUGAACACGAGAAGUACGCGGUGCAGACAGAUCCACGCGUUCCCGACGCCUCGCGCUCGACGAGCUGAACGAAGCAAUGAAAUAAAGCGACCGUAAUUCAAAGAUUUCCUCCGUUUGCUUCUGAAUCUUCGCGAUCCUUUUAACGACGACAUGCGACCGUGCUGCGUGCAAAAAGUAUGAGCACGUGAUGUCGCACAAAUCGCUUAUACGACGCAAUAAUCUCGUAAUGGAACUUAUACGACGCAAUAAUCUCGUAAUGGACUUUGAGACUUUGACACGAGCUUUGAAAAAGAAGAGAUUGACUUCGACAAGUCAACUGGUGAACAAAAAAGUGUUUGACAAAAAGAAGAGAAAGAGAAAAGAGAAAGAGAGAGGGAUUAGAUUGUCGUGAUCGUUCUCGAGACAUCGCUGCAUCGUAUUCUACGCAUUCUUUUCCGCAACGAGAGAGACCCGAGAAAGACGCACUCACGCGAGUGUUCCGUUCCCGGCGUUACUGUAUAUUUAUACAUCAUUUUUUCGUGAAACACCAAAGAGGAGAGAUGACUGCGAUUUGAUCAGCAUAUCGUCAGUUAAGAACAACAAUAUCUUAUCGACGUUCUUUGAGAUCUUUGAGGCUGUACAGAUGCUAACUAGGUUGUUAUGUUUGCAGGAGUCGCUGUUAUUUUUCGUUAUGUGGGAGGGGGGACAGUAGUAGUAAUGAUAAUAAUAAGAGCAACAAGAAACAAUAAUAAUAAUUAAAAAAGUAGCUACUGUACAGUUGUCCGUUUUAUAUCGUUACCGAAAAACACGCAGUGCAAUUUGAUACGUCACGUCGUCUCAUCCGGACGAAAUAUGGAGGGGAGGGAGAGGAAGAAGAGGAGAAGAGAUCUCGCAUAUAUCGUGUGCGUGAAACGAGUGCUCCGAGAGUCCGGAUGCUGCGAAACAACGUGGGAUGAGAACGUGAUGAGCGGCGUUCGCGUGGAACACCGACGCGGAGAUCGACACGCAUUUUGUGCGCGAACACUACGUUGUUACACGGAGUACAAAGUUUGUAAUAUGCGUUAGAUAUGUUACUGUGAUAUACGCCCAUAACACACGUCUCAUUCGUGCCUCGACGACGGUCCGCUGUAUAUUCAUUGUGCGCUUGUUUCUCAUGGUAUGUGUGUGUGUAUCUGCGCGUAUGAUGUGUGCAUGUGUGGUAUGUAUAUGUGCGCGUGUGUAGGACGUGUUACCAUAGAACGAUCCUAGUCAAUUCAGGGCAUAUGUAUGAAAAUAUGCACGCAUAAUAUAUAAUUGUGUGUGUAUAUAUCGGUCGUUGUCGACUCGAAUAGAACGUAAAAUGAAAUACCUGAACCGAGCAGACUAUUUACCGUUCACACACCGAGAUAUAGAGACAGAGGUACAUUGUGUAAAGGUAUUAUUUAAUAUUUCCACCUCUGUGUACCAUGUACAUACAGUUGAACCGAGAUCCUUAAUAAACACCGGGACGAACGCAAAUAAAUUGUAUCAGCCACGUUAAAAAAGCUUGCGUGUCAGCCUCGCGCUCGUUCUAUUCUCCCGUCCAAAGGAAUCUGAAUUGUGCGCGGAUCUUUUCGAAAUCGUUGAAUCCCUACUUUGAAUCGUUCACUGGGGAGAUAAUGUUCGGUAUGGAUAACUAGAAUCUUAUAGUGAAAGAAUUAUUGUCAGAAGAACAAUUUUUGUAGAAAGAGUAGCGUUGCGGUGUGGCAUCGAGAGAAAAGAUAUUUAAAGAAUAAACAAAUAUUUUUUCCAUGUGA